AUGGAGGAAAGGUUGAAGGUGCAGAUGGAGAAAUCUCGUCGUUUCAGUGUCCAUUAUUCUAGUCCUGGAGUUUAUGAGGUUCGAUCUGACUUUUCUUAUGUAGUUAACAUUUCCGAGCAUUCAUGUUCAUGUGUGAAAUGGCAGAUCAAUUGUUUUCCUUGUCCUCACUGCCUUGCUGCAAUACAAGCUGCCUCUGAAAAUGUCUAUGAUUAUAUUGAUAAGUACUUUUGUGUUGCUAUGUUCAAGAAGAGCUACAGUUUUCCUAUCCGGCUGAUAACCAAUGUUGAUAUGUCUUCUUUUGAAUCUGCUACUGACUGUAUAUUAGCUCCCCUUGCGAAGAGGCCACCUGGGAGGCCUAGGGUGAAGUGGUUCAAGUCUGUUGGAGAGGUUGAAAAGAAGCAGAUCAUGUGCGGCCGUUGUGGCAAAAUGGGCACUCAUAACAAGUUGAGCUGCACUGAACCUCUCGUUCAGCAGUAG